AUGAACUACCAUUCGAUCGCCAAACCAGGCGAUCCCGCUCGCAAUAACCCCAAUAUGACAUCGUCAACUGUCAAUACUGCGGGCUCUCAGCCGUCUACGGAAAUGCCACCCCGCAGCUUCACAUUGCGGUCACUGCUAGUCGGCCUCGUCAUCGGUGCCAUGAUCACCUUCUCGAAUACCUACUUUGGAUUGCAGACAGGGUGGAUUAGUACCAUGGCCAUGCCUUCAGCAUUGAUUGGGUUUUCCGUCUUCAAAGUCUUUUCGAAAUACCUCUCAUACCCGUUCACUCCCAUCGAGAACGUCCUGAUACAGACAGUGGCUGGUGCGGUGGGAACAAUGCCCUUAGGAUGUGGCUUUGUUGGUGUCAUUCCUGCCCUGGAAUUUCUCAUAAAAGAUGGCGAAGACGGGCGGUUGGGCGACGGUGGUACUGGAGAGGGUGGCCCAUUGAGGCUCAAUUUCUGGAAGUUGGUUUUGUGGAGCCUGGGAGUAUGCCUCUUUGGCGUAGUCUUUGCCGUACCGCUGAGGAAGGAAGUGAUCAUUCGCGAGAAAUUGAGAUUUCCCAGUGGAACGGCAUCUGCUUUAAUGCUCCGAGUGUUGCAUGGGUCUGGGAAGAACGAGAAAGCGACGACCAGAAGCGCCGGUCAGGUUGAAGACGAACGAGAUGAGGAGGAAGCCCGGGCACCUUUGCUGUCGCGAGGUUCCCAAGAGCGCGAGGCUGAACCGCAGCCGAGCGUUCUAGACUCAAAUGAUACGAAAAAAGACUGGAGAUCUAAAAUGCAUCUUCUGGUUGGUGCAUUCGUAGCAUCCGGCAUCUAUACGCUCUUCUCCUACUUUGUACCCCAAGUCCGCGAUAUCCCGAUCUUUGGCCUAACUCUUGCCCACGACUGGUUAUGGACUCUCAAUCCGUCCCCAGCAUACGUGGGGCAGGGAAUCAUAAUGGGCCCAUCGACUUGCAUGCACAUGUUGUUUGGAGCUGUGUUAGGCUGGGGUGUCUUGUCACCACUUGCAAAAGCACGCGGGUGGGCUCCAGGGCCUGUAGACAGCUGGGAAGAUGGAAGCAAGGCCUGGAUUGUGUGGGUAUCGCUGGCCAUCAUGCUCGCAGACUCGAUUGUCAGUCUUGGCUGGUUGGUAGUGAAACCCGCCGUGGCGGUUGCACCGAGCCUUGUACGCGAAGUCGUCAACAGUCGGGUCGGGCGCUGGAUCGCCUCAAAAAGCUCCGCAGUCACUGACCGCCACAACUACAACUACUCUGCCCUGCAACCUACUGAGGAAUCGGUGCAGACCGACUCUGCUCAGGCUACCAAUAAAUCCGAGAUUGAGGAGGAGGAGGAUGCACGACCAUCCCAGUUGAUCUCCAUGCGAACAGUCCUCAUCCUCCUUCCACUAACUUUGAUACUGAACGUUAUUUGCAUGCACAUCGUCUUUGGCAACGUCAUAUCCCCCCUUCUUUCAAGCCUCGCCACACUACUCGCCGUCCUUCUCUCAAUAAUGGGCGUCCGCGCCCUCGGAGAAACAGACCUCAACCCAGUCUCCGGAAUCAGCAAACUAACCCAACUCCUCUUCUCCCUUGCAACACCCUCUGCCCACUUUUCCCGGCGCUCUGCUCUAAUAACGAACCUCCUCGCCGGUGCCGUCUCUGAAUCUGGCGCCCUCCAAGCAGGCGACAUGAUGCAAGACCUCAAAACAGGCCACAUCCUCGGCGCAAGCCCGAAAGCCCAGUUCUACGGCCAGAUGAUUGGCAGUCUCGUCGGUGCCGUGCUCUCCACAGCCGUCUACAAGAUGUACGUCAACGUAUACGAGGUCCCGGGACCAAUGUUCCAGACUCCAACAGCCUACGUCUGGAUCUUCACUGCCCGUCUUGUCACCGGGCAAGGUCUGCCCCCGAUGGCGUGGGAAGUUUCCGUCCUCGCCGGCGCAGCCUUUGUAGCUGUAACUGUGCUCCGUAUCAUGGCUGCCUCGCCGAUCGCCAAUGGCGGCCGUCCCCACGGCGUCGCUGCGCCAUGGAGAUCGUGGAUCCCCGGCGGCAUCGCCGUUGCCGUAGGCAUUUUCAACGUUCCGUCUUUUACGCUGGCCCGAGCCAUCGGUGGUAUCAUCGCCUGGUGGUGGGCUCGAGGGCACUCGAGAAAUGAUGAAAACUCAUCAGCUGAUCGUCCCGCGAUGCCACGAACAGACGCCGACGACCCUACGAAACCCACUGCCCGUGCUACUGACGAUGCAGAUGCUGCCUCGUCAAGCGUCGUCAUUUUGGCUUCGGGGUUAAUUCUCGGUGAGGGAAUCAUGAGUAUUGUGAAUCUACUCCUAGCUAGUGGGAGUGUCCCUCAUCUUUGA